AGGUUUCACUGGAGAUCCAGUGGGCAAUUCCACACCCUUGCCCUGGCCUGCUUCCUAAACUUAAAUUUUCACCAUGGCAGUGUGGAUCCAGGCACAGCAGUUGCAAGGCGAUGCCCUACGUCAGAUGCAGGCACUUUACGGGCAGCAUUUUCCUAUAGAGGUGCGACAUUACCUGUCACAGUGGAUAGAGGCACAAUCAUGGGACUCUGUGGAUCCAGAGAACCCCCAGGACAGUAUAAAGGCCACACAACUGCUGGAUGGGCUGGUGCAGGAACUGCAGAAAAAGGCAGAUCACCAAGUUGGUGAAGAUGGGUUCUUAUUGAAGAUUAAACUUGGCCACUAUGCCACACAGUUUAAGAACACAUAUGAACGCUGUCCAAUGGAGCUGGUCCGAUGCAUCCGACAUAUUUUAUACCAUGAACAGCGGCUAGUAAGGGAAGCAAGCAAUUCCAGUUCUCCAGUUAGUGGCAUUGUGGACACCAUGCCACAGAAACACCUUCAAAUCAAUCAAACUUUUGAAGAAUUGAGACUUAUCACUCAGGACACGGAGAAUGGAUUGAAAAAGCUGCAGCAGACGCAGGAAUACUUCAUCAUACAGUACCAGGAAAGCCUGAGGAUUCAGGCUCAGUUUGCCCAGUUGCCCCAGCUGACCCCCCAGGAGCGUAUGCCUCGUGAAGCUACAUUACAGCAGCGGCAAGCUUCCUUAGAAAAUUGGCUUCAGAGAGAGGCCCAGACUCUUCAACAAUACAGACUGGAUCUGUCAGAGAAGCAUCAAAAGACCCUUCAACUUUUACGUAAGCAGCAAACGAUUAUCUUGGAUGACGAGUUGAUCCAGUGGAAGAGACGGCAACAACUGGCAGGCAAUGGUGGACCGCCAGAAGGAAGUUUAGAUCUGUUACAGACAUGGUGUGAAAAACUUGCAGAAAUCAUCUGGCAAAAUCGGCAACAGAUCAGGCGGGCAGAGCACCUUUGCCAACAGCUUCCCAUACCUGGCCCUGUGGAGGAGCUUCUUGCUGAACUCAACGCUACCAUCACUGACAUAAUCUCAGCUUUAGUCACCAGCACUUUCAUCAUUGAGAAGCAGCCACCACAAGUGCUGAAAACACAGACUAAGUUUGCAGCGACAGUUCGGCUACUGGUGGGUGGUAAACUGAAUGUCCAUAUGAAUCCACCUCAGGUGAAAGCCACCAUUAUCAGUGAAUUACAGGCCAAGGCUCUGCUGAAGAAUGAAAACACACGCAAUGAAAGCAGUGGAGAGAUCUUAAACAACUGUUGUGUGAUGGAGUACCACCAGGCUACUGGAACACUCAGCGCUCACUUCAGAAAUAUGUCCCUAAAGCGGAUUAAGCGGUCAGACAGGCGGGGAGCAGAAUCGGUAACAGAGGAGAAAUUCACUAUCCUGUUUGAAUCUCAAUUUAGUGUGGGAGGAAAUGAACUAGUGUUCCAGGUCAAGACAUUGUCUCUCCCUGUUGUGGUCAUUGUACAUGGAAGCCAAGACAAUAAUGCCACAGCGACAGUUCUAUGGGACAAUGCAUUUGCUGAGCCAGGCCGGGUGCCAUUUGUAGUUCCAGAGAAAGUUCUUUGGCCGCAGCUGUGUGAGGCUCUGAAUAUGAAGUUUAAGGCAGAAGUUCAAAGCAACCGAGGGCUCAGUGAUGAAAAUCUUGUGUUCUUGGCUCAGAAACUUUUCAAUAACAACAGCAACCACAAGGACGAUUACAACAACAUGACAGUGUCCUGGGCCCAGUUCAACAGGGAGAACCUGCCUGGUUGGAAUUACACAUUCUGGCAGUGGUUUGAUGGAGUGAUGGAAGUGUUAAAGAAGCACCUCAAGCCUCACUGGAAUGAUGGGGCAAUUUUAGGCUAUGUCAACAAGCAGCAGGCUCAUGACAUGUUGGUGAACAAAAGGGAUGGGACUUUUCUUCUGCGCUUUAGUGACUCGGAAAUUGGGGGUAUCACAAUAGCAUGGAAGUUUGAACUACCGGACAGAGCCUUGUGGAAUCUGAUGCCUUUUACAAGCCGGGACUUCUCAGUACGUUCGCUGGCGGACCGACUGGGUGACCUCAAUUAUCUCAUCUAUGUUUAUCCUGACCGUCCGAAAGAUGAAGUGUUCUCAAAGUAUUACACCCCAGUUCUCUGCAAUCCCUCUAAAGGAGAUGGCUACGUGAAGCCAGCUAUAAAGCAAGUGGUCCCAGAGUUUGUUGCUUCUGAUGUCAUCCCAUCAAACAGCUACAUGGACCAGGCACCUUCCCCUGCAAUUUGUACUCAAUCACACUAUAAUCUGUACCCGCAGAAGUGA